AAAUUUCUGAAGCGCCAAAUACAAUUAUCUCAAUUCAAAUCAACACUAACACUGAAGAACAGAGCUCACUGAAAAAACUUAACAGAACAAAAUUAAACCGGAAAACAGAGAAAUCAUACCGGGUUGGUUCAAUCGCGUCUUUGUUUGGUUUAAUCGUGAUGGAAGGGUCGUCUUCUUCGAUGCAGUCAAAGUACAAAGGAGUGAGGAAGAGGAAAUGGGGAAAAUGGGUUUCAGAGAUCAGACUUCCCAACAGCAGAGAACGUAUUUGGUUGGGCUCUUACGAUACUCCUGAGAAGGCGGCGCGUGCUUUCGACGCGGCUCUUUAUUGUCUCCGUGGCAACAACGCAAAGUUCAAUUUCCCUGAUAAUCCUCCGGUGAUCUCCGGCGGACGUAACUUGUCGCGAUCUGAGAUAAGAGAAGCUGCUGCGAGGUUCGCUAAUUCGGCGGAGGAUGAUUCAAGUGGCGGAGCAGGAUACGAGAUACGGCAAGAAUCUGCUUCAACAUCGAUGGACGUUGAUUCGGAGUUUUUGAGUAUGCUUCCGACGGUUGGUUCGGGUAACUUCGCUUCGGAGUUUGGGUUAUUCCCUGGGUUUGAUGAUUUCUCCGAUGAAUACUCCGGUGAUCGUUUCAGAGAGCAGCUUUCGCCUACACAAGAUUAUUAUCAGCUUGGAGAAGAGACUUACGCCGAUGGUUCCAUGUUUCUUUGGAAUUUUUGAAUUCCAUUAUUCACAAUCUGAAAAUUUUGACUUGGGUUUUUUAUUUUUUUUUGUAGUUCUUUACCCAAUUUUUUUUUGAUCAUUGGGAUAAAGAGUUAUUCAUUCACUAUUUUUUUCCCACGUGUUAGAUUUUUCAGAUGGGAAAAGGCCAAACUUAAUAAAACAAUUAUAUUUGGAUC